CCUAUUGUAAUGGUUUCCGGUUCCGGUGUCUUCUCCAGUAAGGCAGAAGGAAAGAUGGCGGCGGCAGAGUCCGACAGAAAUGCAUCGUCCGCUCUGUGUACCGAAUUCGUGAACUUCUCCGCCAGGGACACCGCCUCGCGGUGGCUGGCAGCAAACAACCUUCAGCAGGAGGUGUAUCAUCACCUGGCUGAAUAUGUACCCAGAAUCUUGUGCUUGGGGCUGAGUGGUGGCAGCCGGGAGGAACAAAGAGAGGAGCUAGCCUGUCAGUUGCUCCUCUUUGCUCCUUUGGAGUGGCUCCUGUUGGGGGAGGAUCCAUCAACGGGUUUGGUCCCUCUGCAGAAGAAAAACUUGUCCUCACCACUGUGUGGCCAUGUCUUUAAGGUGGGGGAGCCCACCUACUCCUGCAGGGAGUGUGCUGCAGACCCAACAUGUGUUCUGUGUAUGCAGUGUUUCCUGAGCAGUAUGCACAAAGACCAUCGCUACAGAAUGACUACGUCGGGAGGUGGAGGGUUUUGUGACUGUGGCGAUGCUGAAGCUUGGAAGAUGGGUCCGUACUGUCAGAACCAUACCCCUGUAGGCAGCAGCAAAGCAACCGAGGAGGAUCCUGUAGCCCAGCUGCAUCCUGAUAUGGUUGCCAGGGGUUAUAGCAUCUUCUCCAUCAUCCUGAAGUACGCUGUUGACAUGCUGACCUGGGAUCAGGAGAACCAGCUGCCCGCAGGACUAGAGCCAUUGGAGAAAGCAGACAGCUACUAUUGCAUGCUGUUCAACGAUGAAGUCCACACGUAUGAACAGGUGAUCUACACGCUACAGAAAGCUGUCAACUGCAGCCAGAAGGAAGCCGUCGCCUUUGCCACCACUGUGGACAGAGACGGCAGGAAGUGUGUUCGAUAUGGAGAUUUUCAGUUCUGCGACCAGGCCAAGUCCGUCAUCGUGAGGAACACCAGCCGCCAGUCGAAGCCCCUUCGGGUUCAUGUGAUGCACUCGUCUGUUGUGGCUCACCAGUGUUUUGCUCUAAAAGCUCUCAGCUGGUUGGGACAGAUCAUUCAGUACUCUGAUGGGCUGAGGAGGAUCCUGUGCCAGGUGUGCUUGCAGAGAAUUCCAGGAAGAGAAGAUUCCUCGCUGGUUGACUGUUUGAUGCUGAACGACUCCAAGAUGUGGAAAGGAGCGAGGAACACGUACCACCAGCUGCUCAUGAACAGCCUCCUCAUGGACCUCAAGUACAAGAAGAUCUUUGCCAUCCAGUUUGCCAAGAACUAUAGACGCCUGCAGACAGAUUAUAUGGAGGAUGACCAUGAUCGAUUGGUGUCUGUGACAUCACUGUCUGUUCAGCUCUUCACUGUCCCGACCAUGGCCCGGAUGCUAAUGGUGGAGGAGAACCUGAUGACCACUAUUAUCAGAACCUUUGUGGAUCACCUUCGUCACAGAGACCCUCAAGGACGCUUCCAAUUUGACCGCUACACGGCCCAGCAGGCCUUCAAGUUUGGACGGGUCCAGAGCCUCAUUGGAGACCUCAAGUAUGUCCUGAUAAGUCCCCCUCCUGAAUGGAGUGACCAGCUCAGAAACAAGUUUCUCGAAGGUUUUGAUGCUUUUCUGGAUCUUCUGAAGUGCAUGCAGGGUAUGGACCCUGUUAUGAGACAGGUGGGACAGCACAUUGAGAUGGAGCCCGAAUGGGAGGCAGCAUUCACGCUUCAGAUGAAACUGACACACAUCAUCUACAUGAUCCAGGAGUGGUGCUCCACUGAUGAGCUUGUGUUGAUCCAGGCUUAUAAGAAGUGUCUGAGCGCACUAAGUCAUUGCCUGGGUGGCCUGCCUGAUGGUGACCAGCCAAUCAGCUUGAGUCUGGCUGGACAUUCUGUGGACACGUUCAGGUACCAGGUGUCUCAGGAAAAAGUCUCCAUACACCUGCCUGUCUGUAGGCUGCUGGCAGGACUCCAUGUUCUCCUUAGCAGAACAGAGGUGGCAUCUCGGGUCCCUGAGCAGCUGCCACUGAGUGAGCUCUGCCCUCACCUCCUGAUUGAACUCCCCCUGCGCUGCCUGGUGCUCUGUGCCCAGGUUCAUGCUGGGAUGUGGAGAAGGAACGGAUUCUCAUUGAUCAAUCAGAUCUAUUAUUAUCACAACGUCAAGUGCAGAGUGGAAAUGUUUGACAAAGAUAUUGUCAUGCUGCAGGCGGGUGCUUCCAUGAUGGAUCCAAACCACUUCUUGAUGAUCGUUUUGAGCAGAUUUGAACUUUUUCACAUUUUUAGCUCUACUGACAUCAGGAAGAGAUACAGAGAGGCCAAUAAGGACCUGGUCCAGCAGAACACGCUGAUUGAGGAGAUGCUUCACCUCAUCAUCAUGAUUGUUGGUGAGCGAUAUGUGGUGGGCGUUGGCCAGGUUGAACCUUUAGAUGAAGUCAGAAGAGAAAUCAUUCAUCAGCUUUCAAUCAGACCAAUGGCUCACAGUGAGCUGGUGAAGGCUUUACCAGAAAAUGGAAAUAAGGAGACGGGUCUGGAGCGAGUCAUCGACAGUGUGGCUUCAUUCAAGAAACCAGGUGUGACUGGUAGGGGUCUGUAUGAGCUUCGUCCUGAGUGGAACAAGCACUUCAACCUUUACUACCACCAUUAUAGUAGAGCUGACCAGUCCAAGGCUGAGGAAGCUCAGAGGAAGUUAAGAAGACAAAACGGAGAGGAUACAGCCCUGCCACCCCCACUCCCUCCACCUCUGUGUCCACUUUUUGCCAGCCUGGUGAACCUGCUGCAGUGUGACGUGCUGCUUGCUGUACAGGGUGCUGUGUUGCAGUGGGCCGUGGAGCCGAGUGGCGGCAGCUGGACUGAGUCGAUGCUGCAGAGGGUCCUCCACCUGGUGGGCAUGGCUCUACUGGAGGAGCAGCAUCAACUGGAGAACAGCAGUACAGAUGAUGACGUCACAUUCAACUACGCCUCCAGAAUCACACGUCCAGGUGAAGCUCCCAGUACCUCAGGAAGUGUUCUGGCUCUGUUGGAGAGUCUCCAGAACACUCCUCACCUGGAGGCACACAAAGACAUGAUCACCUGGAUUCUGAAGAUGGUGGGAAGCAUCAAAACAAUCAGAGAACGGACUUCAUCCACAUCCAGCAUCACCAUCAGCCUGGGACAAGGACUGGGGGAGACAGUUAGGGACAAAGACAAGGCGGAGAGGAAGAGGAAAGCAGAGAUGGCUCGGCUCCGCAGGGAAAAGAUCAUGGCUCAGAUGUCUGAGAUGCAGAAACACUUCAUCAGCGAAAACAAGGAGCUGUUUCAGCAAAGCAUGGAGGAGCUGGAGGCUUCGUCGUCCGCAGCUGAGUACAGUUCCCAUAGUUCAGAGCUCACCUGUACCUCUCAGGUGUGUGUCGGACCCUGGAGGAUGGGCAGAAGUGAGCGGCGUCAGCUGGUUGUUUGCAUUUUGUGUCAAGAGGAACAGGACGUUAGAGGUCACGGCCGAGCGAUGGUUCUAGCGGCGUUCAUUCAGAGAUCGACUGUUUUGUCUAAAAAUCGCAGUAGAAAUCUGCCUGUCCCAGAGCAUUACAAUCCUCUGUUCAUGCACCCUGACCUGUCCCUGGGCAUCCACACAGCCAGCUGUGGACACAUCAUGCAUGCCACCUGCUGGCAGAGGUACUUUGAGGCGGUGCAGCUAAAAGAGCAGAGACGUCAGCAGCGUCUUCGGGUUCACACCAGCUACGAUGUGGAGAACGGAGAGUUUCUGUGUCCGCUGUGUGAGUGUCUGAGCAACACAGUGAUCCCUCUGCUACCACAUGCCUCUCCACCUGACCACAGUGUUGAACAUCCCAGCCUGGAGGCGUGGUUAAAGACAACCAAUCAGCAGAUAGCAGUGUUGCACUCUGCCCACAGGAAGCAGUCAGAUGGUGCAUCAGGGUGGGUGGAGCCUGUUGCCCCUAAAGGAUUCAAGGUCACCUUCACUCCACAGAGCCCCUUUUCUAAUAGCAUCAGUGAGAUGAUAAACACUUUUAGCAUGUCGGCAUACAAGGUGGGGCUGAAGGUAGACCCCAAUGAGCAGGACCCAAGGGUCCCGGUUCUGAGCUGGUCCACCUGUGCCUACACCAUCCAGAGUAUAGAAAACCUCCUGAUGGAUGAAAAGAAGCCACUGUUUGGAAGUUUACCUUGUCGACAGGAUGACUGUCUGAGCUCCCUGACAAGGUUCAGCGCAGCCUGCUGGACUUCAGCUCCACUGACAACUGUUCACGCUCACUUUAUCAGACUGCUCUCAGUUCUGGUUCCAGACUCUCAGGUAGAAGAUGCUCCAUGCAUCCUCAACGUCGACAUGUUUCAUCUGCUGGUGUACAGUGUGUUGUCCUACAGCUCCCUUCACUGUCUCGAACAAUCAGGACGAAGUUCUGUGGAUUCAGGUCAUCUCCACCUCCUUCAGCUAAUCACUGUGGCUCACCUGGUUCAGAUCCUACUCACCUCCACUACAGAGGACCAGUCUAUGGAUGAGGACACUGAAGUGUCAGAGGAGCAGGAGCUCACCUGUCAGCUCUACAGGUCCCUCAGUCAGCAUCUGGGCAGUGUGCUACCUGAAGUGUCCUCUGGGUGGCAGCUCUGGAGUUGUGUUAAGGCUGCCAUCAUGCCAUUCCUCCGAACUGCUGCCCUCUUCUUCCACUACCUAAACUCUGCAGUGCCCCCUGCUGACCUGAUGGUUGAAGGUCCUGGUCAGUGGGAGGCGCUGUGCAGCUACCUCAGUCUGCCCUCCAACCUGCUGCUGCUGCACCAGGAUCACCACACACUGCUGGAGCCGCUCAUUCACAGGUGGUGCUGUCAUCCAGGUGUGAGGCAGAACCUGCAGGGGGGCGGAGUCAUCGUCAGAUUCCCUAGAGAGUCCAACAGACUAAUUAAUCUCCCAGAAGACUACAGUGUUCUGAUCAACCAGGCGUCCAGCUUCACGUGUCCGCGCUCAGGUGGGGAUAAAUCCCGUGCCCCCACACUGUGCCUGGUAUGUGGCUCCAUGCUGUGCUCUCAGAGUUACUGCUGUCAGAUGGAGGUGGAGGGAGAAGAUGUUGGAGCCUGCACCGCCCAUACCUUCACCUGUGGAGCAGGCAUCGGCCUCUUUCUCAGGGUUAGAGAGAGUCAGGUGCUAUUCGUUGCAGGUAAAACAAAGGGCUGUUUCUAUCCUCCACCUUACCUGGACGACUAUGGAGAGACCGACCAGGGACUCAAACGGGGAAACCCCCUCCACCUGUGUUUGGAGCGUUACAGGAAGAUCGAGCGUCUGUGGCGGCAGCAUGGCAUUGCAGAAGUCAUAGGUCAUGCGCAGGAGGCCAAUCAGACACUUGUUGCUAUUGACUGGCAGCAUCUGUGAUGGUUUUCUAUCCCCGCCCACUAUCAGAGAGACAUUCACUGAUUGGCCCGCUGCUUGCCCCCCACACACAUUUUUCCGUAAACUUCUUAUUUGAACCAAUCAGCUUCUUGCAGUUGCACGCUGAUCUCGGCUCAACCUUCAGGGAUUUUUUUAGGGUGUUUGGCUCCUGACCUUUGACCCCUGUCUUCUCCCCCCUCCCCACCCCCCACCCCCACUUAUUAGACGCAAUAAAAGUGACAUCAUCUGUGCUUACAAGCAGAAAGUUGUGAGUUUUAGGUUUGAGUUGAACCUGCAGAGCAAAGCCCCGCCCACCUGUCAGGUGACCCGAGUACACUCGGAGCGCUCUAACAGGUGUUGGUUUUACUUGUUAUGAUUUUAGCUGUGAAUGUUAAUCAGCCAAUCAGCUGCCAGAACCAUCAGAAACCAGCAGUUCCACUAUUGGUUUCAAUCUGACAGCUGAUUGAUGGUGGUCUCCAUGGCAACCAAGUGAAAGGCAUCCUGUGAAACCACCAGCCUAAAGGGGUGGAGCUUCUGGAAACAUAUCAGGUGUUGGACAGGUGUGUUUGUGUUUUUAUUUGUUGCUCAGCUGAUCUUGUUUAUAUGUGAGUUCUUCUAUAAAUGAGUUAAUAUUGUGUAAGAAGCAGAAACCAAUAAAACGUCAUUGAAGAA